AUUUUCACUUCUAAUCAUUGAUAGUGUUACAGCUUUAUACAGAACUGAUUAUUCUGGUCGAGGUGAACUUGCCGCGCGUCAAAUGCAUUUGGCAAAAUUUUUGCGUGCUCUACUUCGUUUAGCUGAUGAAUUUGGAGUUGCUGUAGUUAUUACAAACCAAGUCGUAUCAUCAGUCGAUGGAAAUAUGAUGUUCGCCGGUGCAAAUGAUAAAAAGCCUAUCGGUGGAAAUAUCAUUGCUCACGCGUCAACGACAAGGUUAUUUCUACGUAAAGGCAAAGGUGAUUCUCGAGUUUGCAAGAUUUAUGACUCUCCAUGUCUUCCAGAAGCAGAGAGUACCUUUACAAUCGGACAAGGUGGAAUCGAAGACUCAAAAGAUUAG